CACCGUUGUUCGCUUGUUGCUUCCUUGAAUCGAUUUUCAUUGCCCCUUCAGACACCAUCCAAACAUCCAGACGGUAUCUGCUCCCUCACCUUACCCACCUUUUCUUUCUUGUGAUACGUAUCCCAUGCUUAACGCAUUGCGUAUACUUUGGUCUUUGACCUUCCGAGACGUCUAGCCACUUCUGCGUUGUCCAGGCACACCGAGCCAAGUAGUUUGGUGCGUUUGCAGCCCAAAGUCAUGCUAUGACUGCAGACCCGACAUCAACCCACUCCACUACUGCAUCUCAUCCUCCGUCUCAUCACUCGUCCGAUCUCGAACUUGUUCCUCUGCAGAACACAUCUCUCGCUGUUGCAGAACAAGAUGAUCAUGUCGCUUUGGCCGAUUCGGAGCCCCAUUCUCAUCCGGGCCACCCCUUGCAUACACGAGAUAUACACCAACAUUCCUCUUCCUCUCCCAGUUCGGUAACAACUCCCUCUCAACCUCAACGGCCAACUGGCGUCCUGUCUCGCGUCUGGCACGCAGUCAUGUCUCGCAAUCCGUUGUUGAUUCGAUCCUCCCCAGCCCUGGGAACUGGUUCCUACGGCGCGGUGCCUCUACUUAACGCCAGAUCUGACUCAGACGCGAGUUCGGACAAUGACACAGAGAAUGACACCGAUAACCCUCCGCGGUCCAUCAGACGCUCGAAGAAGAGUCGAGGCAAACGAUUACAAUCGGCUCAUGACUUGCCGGAUGCUCAUGGUCAUUUCGCAGACCCCAGACGAAUGACCAGAAGUACCGAGUGGCUACGAAAGCGAUCCGCAUCGAAUGCUAGCGAGGUGGGCAUGGGCCUGGAUUCCAAGACUUCCUUUGCCAUAAAUCCAGACAUGACUGAAGGCAAGGCCGAAUCCUCCAACGCCAGCACUCGUACGGGGGGUAGUGGUUCUGAGGUGGAAAUAGAUUACACCCCAUCGGCAGAAGACCCUCCAGACAAUUCACCUUAUCCUGAAGUCAGGGCAUCUGUGCCCGCAACAGAUAAUACCUCACUCUCCAUCAACACCCCCCGCAUGUGGACGUUAUCUCUGAUAUUUGCCAUUGGUGGGUCAGCAACCAAUCUCUUCUUCUCUCUCAGAUACCCCAGCGUCGCCAUCACUCCCGUCAUUGCUCUGGUGCUGGUCCAUCCCAUGGGCCUCAUGUGGGAUUUUUUCCUCAAGAGAAAGCACGACCAGGAACUUGACUUUGUGGAUGGCACGUUACAGAAAUCAGGUCCUGAAUAUGCAUGGACGACGACCCGCCAGAGGCUGCGCUUGUGGCUCUCUCAAGGUCGGUGGAAUGAGAAAGAGCACGCCUGUGUGUAUAUCAGCAGCAAUGUCUCGUUUGGGUUCGCCUUUGCAACCGAUGUCAUUGUCGAACAACACAAGUUCUAUAAACAGGAGGUGCCGAUUCUCUAUCAACUCCUACUCACCAUUUCCACUCAAAUCCUGGGCUAUGCGUUCGCUGGAUUAACACGACGAUUCCUGGUACGUCCAGCAGCCAUGAUCUGGCCUGGAACCCUCAUGUCGACUGCCAUGUUCACGACAAUGCAUAAAAACGAAAACAAAAUGGCCAAUGGCUGGUCCAUUUCUCGAUACCGCUUCUUCAUUUAUGUCUGGGCAGUUGCAUUCUUCUGGUACUUUGUUCCUGGUCUUUUGAUGCCAGCGCUGAGUUACUUCAAUGUGAUCACGUGGUUUGCGCCCAAGAAUGUCGUCGUGUCCAAUCUGUUUGGUGUUGCAUCAGGCCUUGGUCUGUUCCCAGUCACAUUUGAUUGGGCUCAAAUUGCAUAUAUUGGCUCGCCAUUGCUGACGCCUUGGUGGGCUGCUGCCAACGUUCUUUGCGGCCUGGGCAUUGUCAUGUGGAUUGCGGCUCCCAUUCUCUACUACAAGAAUGUCCUAUUCUCAGGAUAUCUCCCGAUUCUGUCAUCUGCUGUGUUCGACAACCGAGGCAAGAUGUACGAUGUGAGCAAGAUUCUCACUCCGGAUUUCUUGUUCGACAAGGAUGCAUACGACAACUAUUCCAAAGUCUACUUGCCAAUCACAUACGUCUUGUCGUAUGGCGUACAAUUUGCGUCAUUGACCGCACUCAUCACCCACACCACCUGCUGGCAUGGCAAAGAUAUCUGGAGACAAUCGAAGCAAGCCUUGAGUGAAAAGCAAGCGACCACCGAGGGAUACCAAACGGUUCCCACGUCAGAAAAUGAGCAUCAUCUCCGGCGCAUUGACAGCCAGCAGAUGCGAAUUGGAGGAGAGGAUGUCCACAAUCGACUGAUGAGACGGUACAAGGAUGUGCCCAUGUUGUGGUACCUGGGAACCUUUGUGUCGAUGCUGGCGGUGGGCAUCUUUGUGGUGGAAUACUACCCUGUCCAUCUCCCGUGGUACGGGCUCUUGCUGGCAUUGGGCAUCACUACCGUCCUUUUCAUCCCGGUCGGCAUCGUCAUGGCCAUCACCAACCAACACAGCAGUCUAUACCUGAUUUGCCAAUUGAUCUGUGGGGUUAUUUUCCCCGGUCGACCUGUGGCCAACAUGGUGUUUGUGACCUAUUGUUACAUCAGUUCGGCACAAGGAAUCAAAUUCUCGUCUGACCUGAAGCUGGGCCACUAUAUGAAGAUUCCUCCGAUGCUACUAUUCAAAGUGCAAAUGGCGGCGACCCUGGUCAGCAGUCUGGUGCAGAUUGGAGUGCUCAACUGGAUGUUUGCCAAUAUUCCGGGAAUCUGCACACCGUAUGCAAUGAACGGAUUCAAAUGUCCAAUUGCUCAGGUGCAUUUCAAUGGCAGCAUUCUAUGGGGAGUGGUCGGGCCUCAACGAUUCUUCGGCCCCGGUGCCAUGUACCGGCCAUUGGUGUGGGCAUUCCUCGUCGGAUUCCUGGCGCCGAUCGGUGCGUGGAUACUGGGGAGAAAGAACAAGAAGAGCAUGUGGCGCAAAGUGAAUUUUCCCGUGUUGUUUGGGAGUCUGAGCUGGAUCCCUCCAGCGACUGGUCUGAACUUUUCUAUCUGGGGACUGGUGUGUUUUGCGUUCAACCAUGUGGUGAGAAGAAGGGCCCCCGGCUGGUGGGGCAAGUAUACCAUGACUAUGUCUGCUGCUUUGGAUUCAGGACUGGCCAUCUCGGUUGUGGUCAUCUUUUUUGGGUUCGCCUACCCCGGCCUCAUGAACAAUUUCAAGUGGUGGGGGACCGAGAUCUAUAAGCAGGGCUGUGACUGGCAGGCUUGUCCAUGGAUCAAACUUGAGCCAGGAGAGAAAUUUGGAGGAUAGCAUUAUACAUCAGCAUUAGCAUCAGCAUAGACAGGACAUGUACGAAAGCAUGAUUGAUGAAUAGCGAGCGGUUGAGAUGAGAUGUUAUAUACAUAUGGGACGAAUCUUGGAUGCACUUGCCGUGCCAAUAUUAUUUUAUGGCGUACC